UUUCUUUCAUCAUCAUAUUAUUAUUAUUAUGGUUAAGCAUAUCAAUACUUAAGUUUAUCGUGUUGGCGAAUACCAACGUUCGUGGUAUGAUUUGCGGAAUCUGCCGAGUAUUUUCGUUAUUCCUGUUGACGUCACAAUGGUAGUUCCCGGGAUAUCAUUUAUGGACGUCAAACUUAUAAAAUACUGUGUUCAAAAAUGUAGUGAUAACCUUAAUUUAAUAUAGGCGUUUCUGUUGUUUCAAGGAUAUGAAUGGGAUUAGGUAUGCGCAAUCCUUACUUAGUAGGCUGCUGAUCGCGGUGUUGGAUACAGCGGUGAAAAGACUUCCACAAUGUCACGGCAAAUAUAUGGGACUGCAUCUAAACUUGUAAUUUGUCUUUCACAACGACCGAGAUUGACCACAAAGAACGCAUUAUGUCCAGUAGCCAGAUUUAGAAACCACUGUAAUGUAAAUGGAAAGAAGCCAUUUGAAAUUGGCCUUUUUGUCAGUUCUACCAAAAACAGAUCGUGGAGGUUUGUAUGUAACGCCGGACACACACAGUUGACCAGUGCACCCGAUAUAUUUCGUCGGCAGAAUAGCCAAGGCACGGUGAGACCGAAUUUGAUGUUCAACCGAGGCCUUUCGACCAAGCCCCGUUCCGAAAGCGGAUCAGAUGUGUCUGUGCAGGGUGUUCAGGGCGAUGACUGCACAGCAUUCUUGACUUGGAUUGGCAGAUGUCGAAGAUACGGCUUGGAAAACUGCCAGGAGCAGCUCGAAGCUAUUAGAACGGGAAAGAAGACCCUGGGGCAGGUGCUCGCGGAGCAGGAGGAACUGAUCGUCGAGAUAGCGAAGAAGUACAAGGAAGAAAUGGAAGAGCAUCACGUCGACGAAAAUGGGGAUCACAUCAAACAAUUGGAUUAUGAUGACUACGACUUCCAGUCGCCUUGCCCACAAGGAAUCCAAGGAGACGAUUGUACGCAGUUCAAACUCUGGCUAGAGAAGUGUCACCAAUUCGGCUUCAUGACAUGCAUAGAAAGAUUAAAUAGGACCAGGAUAGGAGACAAGUCAUUAGAGGAGAUAUUCGCCGACCAUGAUUUACUUAUUCGGAAACUUGUCAGGCAGCAUCGACAAAAAUAAGAACCCUCCAAAUGGGCAGCAGUGUAUGUAGCUUAUCUGUGUUGGUGGGGAGAGGGCGUUUGCUUUGCCUAAAAAAAAACCCCACAUUAAUAUAUAAAAGCUAUUUUCCAGGGCCCCGUUCCACGAAGCGAUAUUAGCCCUAAGAUCACCCUAAAGGUGAUCUUGGCGCUAAUGUCGCUUCUUGGAACAAGGCCCUAGCUCAUUACCCUCAAAGAAACCCAUGGACAUCUUCUGAAUUUUACGAAAUUGGGGAGGCGAUCACAUCCAAACAUCUUACUAGAUAUGCUCUAUAAUAUGUGCACAUCGAACUUGACAUUUUUGUAUACAGGCCUAAAGUGGGUCAUAAAUUUUACCAAGUUAAUAAAAGGCCAGUAGGAGAUAAUUUUGGUCCCGGGGUUAGAGGCAUAGAUACUAAUAUUGAAUAUAGAAGUCUGAAAUCUAAGCUAUGGAAGGUGCGGUGAGUGAGUGUUGAUCGUAAAUCUGCAAUUAUAACAGAAGUCGGAAGCGGGGUGGGGAAGGAGAACAUUGCAAAGCUUGAGCAGUCAACGAUAUCCACUAACAACGAAGACACAAGUUAAUAAAUGCGUUGAAUUAAUACAGAAUGGAAGAGAAAAGAGAUUGCUGCUUUAAGAGUACCAUAUUAAUUCUAAGAAUUGUAGAGUAGAGGAUCUAUAGUCGUAUCUGCAGCUACACGGUUCCGACGGCGGUGGUUAAAAUGCAUAAUUUAAGACCAAACCGUAAACGCAAUACUUGCUGUGGUUUGUUUAUUAUUAUUAUUAAAUUUUAAUUUGUUUUUGAAAAUACACCCAUACCAAAAACAUUGGCAUAAACAGGUGUUUCUAUCAGUUGCUAUUGUUUCAGUUUUCUUGUUGUUUGUGUGCUUUUACAAUACUUUUGAUAGAAAAUAUAUUUAAAUAAAUUCAUUUGUGUAAAAUAAACUCGAAAAUUGUAAA